AUGCAGUUCAAGCCGUGCACGGAAGGAAGGGGCGGAACAGGCGACUUGACAGAGACGAUCGGAAACGUACACUCGAUCCAGAUAGAAGCCUGCGAAUGGACGGGAAAGAACAAUGAGUGGUGCGGCCUCAAGAUCGGCAGUUUCAACUCGAUCUACGUCGAGUACGACAUGGCCAACGCUCACAAGCUCUCCUCCGGUCCUAUCAAGAAAUACCCAAAAAAGGGAGACCAAUUGAACGUUGCCAUUUGCGGCCGGAUUCCUGGUGUCCCGAUUUGUGCCCCGUUUUCCCUUCCAAAUACAAAUGCAUGUGAACAAGGAAUCAAUUGUAAAAGACGAAAGGUGAAGAAAAAUAAGCUGGACAAGAAACGCGUCUUCCGAGUCGCACUGGAAAUUCAAGAAAUUUAUCCACAAGUAAAGGUGGUUUCCGAAUGGCAGAUCAAGGACCCCACUCAACCCGACGCACCCCCUUUAUUCUGCUUCAAUCUGCCCCUCGCUGUCGUCCCCUAA